GACUUGUAUUUUGAAAUGUCGCGAGAACCGUCUGUUAAGCGGAGGCAUAUGCGUUCACGCUGGCUAGCCGCAAACUUGCAUCCUUUUAGAAGCUAUGUCAAGGUUAACUAACAAGUGUCAUUGUCUUUAUUUACUUAGCUUGAGCUCCACAUGGAAAUGUCACCAACAAGCCUCCAGACUGUCGACAAUGAGAAGUGGCCUUGAAUCAAUAUGUGGUGGCAGAUUUAGGAGUAUUUCUUCAGCACAGACAGUCACAAGGACCUAUGGGUGUGGAGGACAUUCACAGUGGUUUGAUUGGAUUCUGAAGAGAAGGGAACUCCAUUCAAGCACACCGCUUGGAGAAGAAAAGGCAUUUCAGUUCAGAGAUCUAACAGAGAAAGAAUAUGAGAGACUAGCAGAUGAGACGCUGGAUGCAUUGGCAGAGUAUUUGGAAGACCUCACAGAUGAGAGCUUCACUGGAAUGGACUAUGACGUUGUCUUCUCUAAUGGGGUGCUGACAGUGAAAGUGGGCUCUGACCAUGGUACAUACGUUAUCAACAAACAGACACCCAACCGACAGAUUUGGCUCUCCUCACCGACAAGCGGGCCGAAACGCUACUAUUGGACGGGGGAGCGAUGGCUGUACGCUCAUGACGGCGUGGCAUUGCAUAAUCUGCUCUCCAAAGAGUUGUCCGUCAUCUUCAAAUCAAAUAUAGACCUGUCACAUCUCAUCCAUUCAUGAUGAGACCGAUGUGAAGAACAAACACUGUUAUAGAUCCUUUCCACACCAGUUCUCUUGUGACUCUCAUUAUCUUUUUGGUAAGACCUUAAAACUGUAGCUAGUGCUCAAAAAGACCUUCUGGAUUACAAUAUUGUAAUGGUUUAUGCUUCUUUUUGCAUGCAGACCUACAAAUUCAGCCAAGCUGAAUCAGUCAAGCAGCACAAGCUGACCUCGGAUGCACUGUAGAGAUGAUUUAUUAGUCUACAUCAAACCUGUACGCAAUUAUAAGCUUAAAAUGCACUCAGAACAGCAGAACUCUCAUAAUCCCUGUAAACCUGUACCUGGUUAGAUUAAAACCAGAUUAAAGAGAUCACAUUUAAUGGCUCUUUAACCAGUUGAAUAAGACAAAUGGACACAGAUUGUUUUUUGGAGGCUGUGUUUAUCUGCUCGCCUGGCUCUCGUUGAACUAGGGGCUUCUGGCUAGAUGCAGAAAAAGAAGGGGAUUAUAACAGACAGAUGGAGAAGUUUUUGCUCUAAAAGCCCCCGGCCAGAGUCUGUAUUCAAGUAUUAUCUGUGAAUAACGGCAUCACAUCUGAUCAUAUUCCUCAGAGCUUUACCGCCACCCUCAGAUGAUUUAAAAAUACCAGCCCAAUUUAGCAUCAGCCCGCCCGUCAGUUAAAGCUGUCAUUAACUCUGUAAUAUAAUAUCUUAAUGUAAUAGCCCAUAUAUCGCAACAUUAACUUGACACGCUAUCCAUGCAGAUGUUAAAAUAUGAGAUGGAUUGCACUGUGGUCAUACAUUUGAUGUCUUUAUUCGGGGUUGCAUGCGAUGAAACAAUGACGCAUCUGCCACCAUGCUGAUGUCUGAUGUACUUGUCCAUUGACGCAUAUGUAAAUAUAAUAUGA